AUGCCAUUAAAAGGAAUUCCUCAUUUAAUUUCACCUGAAUUACUAUAUGCAUUAGCAUCAAUGGGUCAUGGAGAUGAAAUCGUUCUAGCGGAUUCAAAUUUUCCAUCUGAAUCAAUAGCGCGAGCUAAUGGCGCUCGUUUGAUUUUAUGUGAUGGUUUACCAAUGCCAAAAUUACUUCGACACAUAUUAAAACUAUUUCCAUUAGAUCAAUAUGUUGCUGAACCAGUUGCAUUAAUGGAUCUUGUUGAUGAUGAUAAAAACAAAGGUUUAGACGUACCUAUAUGGAACGAAUAUAAACAAAUUGUUGGGAAUAAUAUUCAAUUUGAAAUGGUUGAGCGUUUUAAAUUUUAUGAAAGAGCUAAAAAAUGUUUUGCUGUUGUUCGUAUGUAUUUAUUAAAUAUUAUUUGA